AUGGGGUUGCAUUGUUAUUAUCAUUAUUAUUUGUUGAUGAUGCUUGUUCUUGUAACUGGUUAUGCAGAAUCACAGCCAAUUUUUCACCCUUUUAACCACACUGAUUUACAAGCAGCAAUAUCUGACAUGAGAACAAAAUCUUACUAUGGAUUUGCAAUGCUAUUGCAAAUGCUAAAUGGAACAUCACAACCAAGUAGCUCCUUAACAUUCUUGAUGCCAGAUGAUAGGGAACUAUCAACAUCAGCCAUUGCUGCUGAUGAAAUUGAAGAUUUCUUGCUAAGCCAUGCAAUUCCAAUGCCACUCUACUUCAAUGAUUUAUCUCAUUUCCCAACUGGGACCCUUGUUCCCUCAGGCAUAAGCACCAAAAUGAUUAGGAUCCAUAACCGUGGAAGGGGUGAUUUCUUUGUUAAUAAUGCUCAGAUUGUUUCUGCUAAUGUUUGCUUGGGCUCUGUCAUCAAGUGCCAUGGCAUUGAUGCAAUUAUUGAAUAUGAUGCUUGA